AGAGAUUUAUUAAUGUUUUUUUUUCUUUUACUGCCAUCCCGUAGUAAGCGGUUUCUACAUGGCACAAAGGAGUUCCCGCAAGUCAGGGAAGUAAAACACCCAGGAGCCACAAAUAUUAUUGAAUAAAACAAGACUCAUUAAACAAACCGUUGAGGCCAUUCCUUCAUUCACUCUCUUUUACAUGAAACAGAAAGCUGCUUCGUGCGUACCUGCUUCCUUCUUGUGGACGAAACAUGAAGAAACCUCAAAAUGGUUCAUGUUCAAAUGAAGCUAUCAAAUGUCAAAGCAGCAGAAAAUCCAGAAACACCUACAACUCUUCUUGUGAUAACAACAAAAAUAAAAGAAGCUUCUUUGAGUUCUCACUGUCUCUGUUAGUCUCCUUUUGGUUUCUAUUCUUAUUGUUCUACUCUAAACUUGGUCUUAGCCAUGAUAAUUCAGGGAAUUCAACUGCUGCUAAAGAAGUUAUACCUUUUCAUACAGUUUGCAAUGAAAAGUUCUGUGAAUCUGCUUUUGUGUAUCCACAUUUCACUAAUGGAAGCCAUAACUAUUCAAAUGCGAUGCUGUUAGAACCUAAUAUGUCAGCAAGCUCUAACAACAGCAUUCAUAAUGAGGGACUUGAAACUUACAAGGUCUCUCUUCCUGAAACAAGUAGACUAGAAGAAGUAUUUUGGAAGCUUUUAGGUUAUGCGGCUUUAGUUUGUGAAGCACAGAAGUAUGAAGAGCAAAAUGCAACCAAACCAGCGUUGCCAAAUGGAAAAACGCCUCAAGCCACUUAUCUCAAUUUUGAUGAGUUCCGGAGCCUCACAAAACAAGAGAAGGGCUGGGGCAUGGAGAUUCAGCUUAUUAACAUCACACAUCGGUUUGAUCCUGAUGGAUCAGAAUACAAUUAUGCCUCUGCAAAGAAGGGUGCAAAAGUGGUAGCACAUAAUAAGGAAGCCAAAGGAGCAACAAACAUAUUGGGGAAUAAUCAUGAUAAGUAUCUUAUAAACCCUUGUUCAGUGACUGAGAAGUUUGUUGUGAUUGAGCUUGCAGAGGAGACUUUGGUUGAUGAUGUUAAAAUUGCAAAUUUUGAGCAUUAUUCUUCUAAUUUUAAGGAAUUUGAGUUGUCUAGUAGUUUGAGUUACCCAACAGAAGUUUGGUCACCACUGGGAAAGUUUGUUGCUGCAAAUGUCAAGCAACUUCAAAGCUUUAAGCUGCCGGAACCCAAAUGGGUGAGGUACUUGAAAUUAAGUUUACUUAGUCAUUAUGGAUCAGAACAUUAUUGCACUCUGAGUGUGGUGGAGGUAUAUGGUGUUGAUGCAAUUGAGCAUAUGUUGGAAGAUCUCUUUGUGGCCUCCGAAGGAAGUGUACCCAGUAAAUCACCAGAGCCUAACUCGACUUCAGUUCCUUCUUUGAAACCAGAAGUGAAUUUGACUGACAGUCAAAAAAAUGGAAAAAUUCAGAAUGGUGUGAAGACUGCUAAUAUACAGGAGGAAAACGUGGAGGUUGCACAAAAGCUUGAUAAAAAUGUGCCAAACUCUUCAGGCAAGAUCAAGAUUCCUGAUCCUGGGAAUGAAGUAAGACAACAUCCAAAUGGCAGAAUACCAGGUGACACUGUUCUGAGGAUCUUGAUGCAGAAGGUGAAGUCACUUGAGCAGAAUUUAUUGGUGCUCGAGGAGUAUAUCAAAGAACUGAACCGACGACAACAGGAUGUUUUACCUGAGCUUGACAAAGAAUUAGUAAGAAUGUCACAGGUUUUGGAGAAAAGCAAAGUGGAACUUCAAGAUAUCAUCAACUGGAAGGAGACUGUGGAAAAAGAAUUCUCAAACCUUGAGGCAUGGAAAAAUGAUUUCUCAUCUCAACUGAAUGCAUUGGUCACGGAAAAUCGUAUGUUGAGAUUAGAUGUUGAAAAAAUUGGAAACAUUCAAGCGAAUCUGGAAAGUAAAGAACUUUGUGUACUAUCGGUGAGUCUUUUCUUUGCUGGGAUAGCAACUCUGAAGCUGCUUUCAGCUCGUGUAUCAACAUUUUUCAGAUCAUCUCAGUCUGAUACAGUAUGCAGAACCUAUAGAGCUUGGGUUCUGAUGCUUGUCAGCAGCAGCAUGACAAUUUUUGUUACCUUACUCUCUAGUUAGUUCUUCUUCUCUUGAUGUAAUGUAACAUUAGAAAAUUAGAUCGUUCAUCAGCUUCUGGCUUUGACCCCUCUAUAACCAGGGAACCAGGUGUUACAGAAAAUGUUAAUUUUUCUUCACCCUCCGAGAUAAAUGAAAUUUUGGCUCUUUUA